AUGGCAGAUCAUGAUGCAGAAUCUUCCUCCUCACAUUUCAUAUAUGAUGUUUUUCUGAGCUUUAGAGGCUUCACCCAGUACGGAUUCACGGAUCGUCUCUAUCAUUCUUUGUGUGAGAGAGGAAUCACCACCUUCAGAGAUGAUGAGAACCUCAAUGAACUUGUCCAGAUCAUGAAGUGCUCUGACAAAGGAACAAAACGACCUGUUUUGCCAGUUUUUUAUCAAGUGGAACCAUCAGAUGUGCGGCAUCAAAGGAAUCAAUAUGAAAAAGACAUGAUGAGCCAUGAAAACAGAUACUGCAAUGAUUUAAACAAAGUAAAAGAAUGGAGGUUAGCUUUGUAUGAAGUAUGCGGUCUAAGUGGAAAACAUUGUGCAGAAAAUAGCUAUGAAAGUGAUGUUAUCAUGAAUAUUGUUGAAGAAGUCUCAGCAAAAGUUCCUCCUGAACCACUUUACAUUAAGCAUCCAAUUGAUUUUGGUUCUCAAUUUGAAGUGGUGGAAUCACUUUUGGACACUAAAUCUCAUGAUACUCUCUGCAUGCUGAUUCUUUAUGGAGAUGUUGAAACAAAGAAAACCACAUUUGCAGGGGAGCUGUACAACAAGAUAAAGCAUCAAUUUCAAGCUGCAAGUUUUCUUGAUAAAGUACGUAUAAAAUCAAGGGGGAUCCCCAAUGGCCUAGAAAAUCUCCAAGAGACACUUUCAUCAGGUAUGUGUGUGCAUAAGAAACCAAGAAUAGGCAGCACAUUAAAAGGAUCUUCUGACAUAAAACAAAGUCUGCACAAUGAAAGAGUUCUUCUGGUUCUAGAUGAUGUUGAUAGUAUAGAACAAUUGGACUCACUUGCAGGAGGAAGUGAUUGGUUUGGUCUUGGUAGUAGAAUCAUUAUAACAACAAGAGAUGUAAAUGUGCUAGAUAAGUAUGAGUUGAAUGGUGUUAAGGUUAUGAAAUAUUGCAUUGAUGAAGGUGAAUUUAAAGGCAUGGAAGGUGCAAAAUCAAAUCACGAACAAGAUAAGGACCUCCAGGAAGAUAUAGUGGGCUUUGUAGAGAUCUUCAAUGAAAUAGUUAAGAAAUUGAAGGAAAAUGAGUCAUGCACUGAAGUUGUCUCCAUAAUCGGCAUGGGUGGGUUGGGUAAGACAGCCCAUGCUCGAAAAAUUUAUAACAAUAAUGAGGUGAAAAAGUUAUUUUCUUGUUGUGGAUGGGUUACUAUUUCUAAAGACUACAAAGCUAAGGACGUUCUCACAAGCCUUGUCAAUGGUUGGGGAUUGUCCAAGUCUACUGAAUACAAAGUCUUAAGUAAGAAGGAACAAAAGAGCAAGGUCCAAGAAUACUUGGACAGGAAGAAGUAUCUGAUAGGGCUUGAUGACUUAUGGGAACCUGAAAUCUGGGAUGAGGUAGAAAGUUUAUUUCCAAAUAACAAAAGUGGCAAUACAGUACUGAUAACUAGUCGUAAUGAUGAGGUGGCAAAUUAUACAAGGUCAAAGUCCUACUACCCUCCAUUCCUAGACAAAAAUGAAGGCUGGAAACUUUUCUGCAAGAAGGUGUUUGGGACACAACAGUGUCCUCCUGUUCUCCAACCCAUCGAAAGAGCAAUGGUGGAAAAAUGUGGGUUUUUACCUUUAGCAAUUGUGACCUUAGCUGGGAUUGUCGCCAAGAAGAAGAGACUAACACUUGAGUGGAUGAGAAUCAUGCGCAAUGUCAUUUUGUAUCUUGCUAAGGAUAAUAAUAGAGUCAUGAAUGUGCUAAAGCUAAGCUAUGAUAACUUGCCUCAAAGAUUGAAACCUUGCUUUCUAUAUUUUGCAGUGUUUCCUGAAGAUUAUGGAAUUCCUGCGAAACAGUUGAUUCAACUAUGGAUAGCCGAAGGAUUAAUCCAACCACCAAAAUCUGGAACAUUAUCUUCAGGAAAACUAGAAGAUAUGGCUGAAGAAUACCUGAAUGAGUUGGUGGAUCGUAGCUUGGUGUUGGUAGCAAGAAAAAGGAGUAAUGGAAGUCUGUCAGUUUGCCGGAUCCACGACCUUCUCCGUGAUCUCUGCAUAUUGGAGAGUAAAGCUGAUAACGAGUUUGAGAUUUGCACAGAGAGAGGCAUGCAUUCCAUGGACAUGAAGACAUUUUGUAGAUUGUCCCUUUGAAGCCCUGAGUUUGUUGAUUGGCGUUCUUUCACAAACCAAUGCAGUCACUCCUGAAUCCAUCCUUUGAUGUGCUUUGGAUAUGGAUACAAAUCAUAUCAUUGGGAUGUGAAUUUGUUGAGUUUCAUUUCAGCUCGAGUUCUGGAUUUUGGAACGUGGUCGAUUGAUUUAUCAGCCCCUAGGGAUUUGAAUGCACUCAUCCGUUUAAAGUACCUGAGAAUGGAUCAAUUUCCCAGUUGUCAUGUUCAUUCGUUAUACAGCCUUCCAAAACUAGAAACUCUGGAGAUUAAGCUUUGCUCUAGCAAGGACCUUCCCCGUGGACUAUGGAAACCCAAGUUAUUGAGACAUCUUUGUGACUGUGUGUCU